AACUUUAAGCUGUUUCUUUUGAAUUGCAGGACAGAAGGAUCCUCAGACCACCAAGAAGUGGAUGCCUUCUGGAAAGAAAAACAGUUGCUGUCAAGAACUGCAGUAUCCAGAGGCUUCAAGUGACACUGAUGAUUCUGUCUUUGUAGAAUCUGACUACCAAAAAGGGGGAGUAAAAGACCUGAAAGAGAGUCAAAAGUGCCUAAAACUCCCACCUCCACAAAAUCUCAGAGAGUCAAUCUCCAGAGGCAGUCCAGACUUGCAACCCAGAAGGAGAGAAAGGAGCUGUGAAAAAAGUACAGAAAAUAAAGUGCCAACUGUGGCAUUACAACAGAGUACAGAGAUAGAAUCAGAUAGCUCGGAUGGUGAAUUUGAAUCAUUAAUAGAACAGAUAAGGAAAGGAAGUAUACCUCAAAACCCUAUCUUAAGCACAAAUAAAACUGUCCACCAACCAAGCACAAGAGCCAACAGAGAGAAGGCCUACUGAAACCACAGACCUUGAAGUGGUCCUUGAUUUCUGGUGUGAGGGUCACUCAUUUUACUAGUCUAUCCAAAUGUGGAAUGGGGAUAUAGAAAAUAACAAGUCACCCUGUGAAGAUGGCCAGCCUUUGAAAGGGAAGGGAGUCAAGACACCAAGACCAAAUUCUAUUUCACUUCAAGAAACACCUUCCAGGAUAAUGGCUUCUGCAGGAACUCCUAGGAACAAAUUGGUCGGUUGCUCACAGUCAGCAAAGACAGAGAAAAGGCUCAGGGUGUGCUCAGUGCCUGGCUGUUUCUUGCAAGAUCUCUCAAAUCCAGGUUCCCACUAUGUGAGGUAUUUUAAGAAAAAUAAAGAGGAGCUGGCAUGGAAACUCUACUGUCUGUAUAAUAGCACCAUUUUUGACCAGAAGUUACCAGACAAAAUGGAAAUAAUCUGGAAUAAGAAAAUGAGGAAAACAGCAGGAUAUUGUGUAACUGGGCAGACAGAAGGUCCUGAAGCAAAGCGUUACGCUCGCAUAGAACUUUCUGAGAAAGUCUGUGACUCUGCAGAUCGUCUUCGAGACACGCUAGUUCAUGAAGCUUGCCAUGCGGCCACCUGGCUGAUCAAUGGUGUUCGCGAUGGACAUGGACGAUUCUGGAGAUACUAUGCCAAUAAAUCAGCUGUGAUUCAUCCAGAACUACCAGUAGUAGCACGUUGCCACAGCUAUGAGAUUAAUUACAAAUUCAUCUAUGAGUGUGUUCUGUGCAAAGCUACGACUGGACGUCAUUCCAAGUCUCUGGACACAGAGCGCUUUGUGUGUGCAUUCUGUGGGGGGCAGCUGGUCCUGAGUCGGCCCACUUGGAAGGGUGGUACUCUUGCUAGGACACGUCUAAUGCCCUUUGCAAAGCAUGUGGAAGAAAACUAUGGACUUACUAAGAGAGAGCAGCCUGGCCUGAGUCCUGCAAAAGUCAUGCAGGAACUCAGUGCUGAUUUUGCUUUAAAAACUAGGCUUCAAGAUUCCUCGUAAUAUCUCAAUACACUCCUUUUUUGAUGCUAUUUAAAUUUUGCAUGUAGUAGUAUAUAACAUUAAUCUAAGAAUGUGUUUUGGAAUAUUCCAGAUAAUAUUUUGGCAUUAAAUACUUCUAAUAAAGGAAACCUUAUAGAUUG